UCUCUCGCUCUCAGCUCCUCCGCCUCAGUCCUGUCUCCCGCUGUUUUCCGCCGGUGCCGCAGAGUGCCCCAUCUCGGCCUCGCCUUCUCGAUCCUUAUUCCCAGCUCUUUGUCGUCCGUCGUCGCAGCUAUGGAUUCAGGUGUCAUGAUUCCCCUGAAAGGGUUGUCUAUUCCACAGCAGAAGAGGGUCUUUGACCUCUUGGCACGGCAAGAUUUGAAGAAACUGCUAGAGAUUGUGAGUGCCAACUUGGCUUUGGAACUUCUACGUUCCAUUAUACAGAUUGCUAGUGGGCCGAAUCAGAAUGAUCAGGAUCCUCUUUAUCGUCAGAUGUUAGAUAAUGCCGCCGAAUUUCAGCUAUGUUCUGGUGCAGCUACCCAGUUUAUUACCCUUGCCCGGCAAGAUGUCGUGGGGCACAUCCUGGACAUCGAGGCUUAUCCAACAAGGUCCAACCGUAACUGGACCAGA